GAACGAUGCAGAUUUUGCAUCGUCAAGUUUUAGGAGGUGUAAAUGAUUUUUGAAGCGAUGUCUUCAUUGGGCAUACUACGUGGUGUGGCACAACGUAUCGUUGGAACCCCCCCUAUCUGGAGAUCUUAUGCUUGUUACGCAGGUUGGCAGUUGGUUAAAUUGGCUGUCAGUUGUGCAAACUUGUGAGUUGCAAACUCAGGAAUGCUCUGUUUUGACUGCGUACCGCAGGCGUGUCCACAGGAAGUGUCGCCGUGUGUUACUCGACGAUGUUCAUCUUCGAAGUUCAACUUCGAAGUUUCUACGGGCACUGGACUGUCUCUUGUUUUGGUAGACCGAGAGUAUGAUGGUAGAAUGUGUGAGCUGGCAACGGUGCUGCACGACUUUCGCAACGAUGCGGAUAACACGUACCUCUGCAAGGGGGAACAGCUGCAGGUGCUCGACAAGGACAGCACCCACUGGUGGAGGGUGACCCGCAACGUAAACAACUGCAAACACGAUUUCUACGCUCCCGUCCGGUACCUUCAGCUCAUCGCAGCCAGCACGCAGGAAGCCAAAGAGAGUCCAACAUGCGAAAAAGCGCGUCGCUGCAGCCCGAGUCCGCAGCAGAAGCAGGCAACUCCAGUGUCGGUGAAAUCGAGCAAGUCGUCGUCGUCUUCCUUGGAUGGCUUCGACGACUCCCAUGCCCUCCACUCCGGCAUGCACAUCCAUCGUCUCUCCAUAGGUAACGCGGGAGGAAGUUCCGUAAACCACUCGUACGAGUCCCUGGAUACGGAACCCGAGGUGGACUAUUACUCGGACGAAGGCAACCUUUCGUGUGGUUCCUGCCAACUUGAUGCUUCUGGGGACUCUCUGCCAAACGGACAGAAGGACAGCCAAAAGUACGAUGAUUCUCCCAUCUACGCCAACUUUCCUGUGGUGACACCGCUGAGUCCUCCGCGCCCGUCUCCCGAGGACGUCCCUCAACGUUUCCUUAGUGACCACUGGGCAGAAUAUGUUGCCCACGUAGGGCGCAAGUACUACUAUAAUUUUCGUACUGGAGAGAGCUCCUGGAAGCCUCCGAGGAGGAGGAACGUGCAGCAGGGCAGCUUGGAUGACUUGCACCAUUCAGCCUCGCUGUCAGACGCAUCCCCCAAGCCCCAGCGAAAGGCUCCCCCGCCAUUGCCUCCCGCCAAAAAGAAGCCCGUUAGCAGGCAGCACCAUGAAGAGUCCCCAGGGACACCCCCUAGUCCCACUCACGGGGUUGCCCCUCGAGGGCAUCCAGUCAGGGGGCAAGCGCUUCAGGAAACGACAACGGCUUUUCAGCAGAAUGGCAACAGCACCUUCUACUAUGUCAUGGAUAAUGCACAUGGUUCAGGCAAAUGGUACAGCUCCGUCGACGAGGGAGCAUCGUCCCUCCCAUCCUACGACAGGCCCAACAACCUACCUCUCGCUUCCUUGUCCUUGGAGGAGGAGGAGGAAGAAGAAGACGAGGGGAAGAGCAUCGAGGAUCACACGGGGUCCGACUCCGUCAACGACAGAGCGAGCAGCAGAAAAGAGCUCGGCGUGGCGCAGGCUGAAACCAGCGCCCGCCCCACCUCUCGAUACAUGCCAAGCCUCUCCCUCACACCAAAGUUGCGCCGUCUAAAGCCAACUCCCCCUCCGACGCUACCCACCACUCUGGAGCCCAAACUGAGUCGUGCCCUCAGGACGCGUUCUAUGAUCCUCACAGAAGAUUUGUCCCUCAAGGAACCAAAUGAUGAAGCAUUUGAAAACCUUGAGCUGGUGGUUCGUCAAGGAACGCUGAACAAGACUGAGCUGGUGAAAGGAGGAAAGAAACAAAAGAAAAGCUGGUCGCCAGCAUUUAUGGUGCUUACCAACAGACACCUCUUCAUCUACAAAGACAUCAACUCUGCCCAAGAGUUUCCCCAAGGCAAAAAUGCAGAGAUCCAGAUCAACUUAGCCGGAGCAUUUGUUGACUGGUGUCCGGAGAAGUCCAAAAGAAGAAAUGUGUUUCAGCUGAGUACAGUCGCUGGUCAAAAGGUGCUGCUCCAAGACGACAAUAUGCAGACGAGCAAAGAGUGGUUUGAUACUAUUUCUGCUGCCAUCAAGAGACUGCCAAAUGGACUGGAUAUGACAGAGGAAUGGCAGGCCGUUGAUGCUUCUUCCCCUCCAGAGGGAGGAGGAAAACGUGGGAAGAAGGCAGCCCGCUCAAAGUCAAUUCGAAACACGCGUUCUCCACCUCCGAGCGCGACCUCUGCAGGAACCACCGCAUGCGGACUCGGAGAAGAUGCCUCCACGAGCCCGCAGGAGCGCAAGAACCGCAUUCGCAACAAGCUACGCCAGUUCUUUGUUCGGCGGCCGACGCUAGAGAGCCUACAGGAAAAGGGCAUUUUCAAGGACGAGCCAGUGUUUGGAUGCAUGCUGGCGCACUUGUGCGAGAAGGAUGCUGCAAAGGUACCGCGGUUCGUCAGGGAGUGCGUAGAAGAAAUCGAGCGGCGUGACAUGACUGCGGAUGGGCUUUACCGUGCCAGUGGAAAUCUCUCCCAAGUACAGAAAGUGAGGUGUCACGUGAACCAGGAUGACUACAGUGUUCUCGCCGAUGAAGAAGACAUCCACGUGCUCACUGGUGCACUUAAAAUGUUCUUCAGGCACAUGAAAGAGCCUCUCUUUCCCUUUGUGCUAUUCAAUAAGUUCCUGAUGGCAAUCAGUACUGGAGGUCGAAACGGAAAGUUGGCUGCCUUUAAGGAAUUGCUGAGUGAGAUGCCAAAGCCAAAUUAUGAGACGCUCAAGUACCUCCUUAGGCACCUUCUGAAAGUGACCGAGUACAGUGAUAAGAACCGGAUGCACAUUCAGAACUUGGCAAUCGUGUUCGGACCAUCACUUCUUGCUUCCGCGGAAGAAGUUCGUGACCUGGCAGUGGACAUGAUGCACCAGAACCGCAUAAUUGAAUUCCUAUUACUUGAAUACAAUAAUCUGUUCCUAUAGCAGCUUAUUCGAGAUAUCUUAUAUUGUUAGUGUCGACGUCUAACCGUGUAUGGGAAUUACUUUAUGCAUGUUGCCACUCUGGCACUGUUAACUCUGGGGUGCUCCAUUGGCUCAAAUGCAUGACUGCAUUACUGCUUGAAUUGAACCGUGUUAGAAAUACUUACAAUUGGAUCAUCCAGGACCGUGCUGUUAUUUUUCGCAGGCUGUGUGCUGUUUGAAAUAUGCCACAGGCAUCGUUAACGCAAAAGUGUAUCACGUGUGAGAUGUUCCAGUUGUUGUUUAGCACGAUAACUUUUUGAAAGAAUUGUGUUGUUUACCAGUGACUAGCUAGACUGAGAAGUGACAAGCGUUCUUGUAAUAUACAUUUUCAGUUUCCUUGGACAUAUUUUGACCUAAUUUUGAAUUAAGUUAACCAAAGUUUAUGCAUUCCAUCGAUGCUUGCCUCAGUGACGUUAUUGCAUUGAUGUUUGCAAGCACUUUACAUGUCCGUGAAAACGAGAAGCUGUAAAUAUUCCAGGGAUGCUGGGCAUUUAUUUUGGGAAUAACUUUGAGGAACCAUGGCAGUAGCGGCAUGUUGUCAUCUAAUGGUGGCUGCAACUUGAAGGUCAUCAGUUCGAUGUCACUGAUGUAAAAUUACAAAACUGAGAAGUAUGUGAAUACAGUGUGACAUUCCGUUUUUCUGUGUAAUGACCGUGUCAGUAGCUUGAGUUGUUUAACACAUGAACCUUUGCUACAGAGGUGCUUUUUUGUGGGGGAGAACACGAACCACACACAACAAUAUGUGCAACGAAAUAUGCUAUUAACUAAAUUAGCUACAAAAAUUUAAUGCCAUAUCAAUGUUAACAUCCUGUACAUACUGUUCUGGGGCAUGCCCCUGCCAUGUUGUCUGUUGCAUUCAUGAGCAGACAUGAGCAUUUCUCAUAUCAGGUUCGGCUCAAAUGAGCCGAUGAGAAUUUUUUUGUGCAAUUGUCUAGAAGCAAGAUUAUUUUUGCCACCUUUAAUCACCACUUCUAGAUGAAUAUGCUAAACAGAGCUAAUAUGGACCGAUAGAUGCCAGGAGUUUUCUUUGCUUUUUAACACUAUCAUUAAUAUCCGGCCAUAAUGGGCAUUCAAGAGAUUGGCUGAAGGCUAUGUUCUACAUUUUUAUUUGGUUUUAUUUUCCUGUUCUCUUUAUCUUACUGCAACAACAAUUAAAAUGUGUUGCAGUCAAACUGGCACCACAAGAAAGGGUUGCCAGCAACAGUUCCUGCCAUCUGAAAAAGAAAAUUUAAGCCUCUAUGUAUAGACAGUCAUGCUUACCUUUUCUUGGGUAAUGCUGUCCUGCAAUCCCAUUUUUAUAUUAUUACCUUCCUACGGCCUGAGAAGUAAGUUUAACAUUGCCAUCACCACAAUGCAGCACAUGCUCUCAUCAUGUUAAUGUGAAUCAUCUGAUGCUGCCAAUGGUUCGAGCUGGAAGUAGUGGAGGCUAAUAACACCUGAAUAGCUUUUGCCUACUUGCUGCACUUGAUUUUUUUUUUUUUAUAAAAGUGAAAUACCACAGUUACUCGCAUAAUUGACACACUUUUUAACUGCAAAACAUAGCGCCACGGUCGGUGGUGCGUUAAUUGCAUGAGUAAAUUUCAUGAUUAAUUGAUUAGAGUAAAUACAGUAUUUUGGUCCUCGACAACUAGGGCCUGAAGUUUUCGGGUAAUAUUUUUUUCUAAAUUCGGGGGGGUAAAAAUCUGGUAAAUAAACAUGUGCACUAAAUUCAUGCGAAUUCGGGUGAAAAAACUUCCGUUACGCUAAAAUCGGGGAGAAAUCGGGCUCAGUUAUUCAAACGAACUGUAGCGGUUUGGUACAAACGGUGAUGUAACUGCAUUUUUCUGCCAAACAAGUUAGUUAGUGCAUCCCUACAGACAUCCCAGCGAGGGCAAUUUGCCUGGUAAAGAUCGGGUUUCACCCUCAAGGGACAACCUUCAAUUCGGGGUGCAAAUUCGGGGAAGAAUCGGGUAAAACCCCUAAAACUUCAGGCUCUAUCGAUAACUGAUGUGUGUAUGAGGAGAUAUCAGUUUAUAUCAGUUUCUGCAUGUUACUACCUGCAAACACCUAUGCACUGGAAAAUGUCCCACAGCUUUGUAUACUGUGACCGCCUUGACAUCACAACUUGGAUUAAUGCUGAUGGAAUUGUAUCCUGUGAGAUAUGCGACAUGCUUGUCCAAGCUGUGUGAUGUAUGAAGCCCUCGUGGUGGUAACGCUGAGGAAAUUAACCGAAUGUUGCUUUGUGUUCAACAUACAGUUGACUAGGAGUUACCACCUAGAAGUCGAUGAAGUGUUUGAAAAUAUUCUGGGAACAGCAUUCCUCCUUCCACUUUUUGCUUAUAUAUUUACCAUCUGCAAAGAAAAAUAUCAGAGGGCACCUGAGAUAUAGGCAUUAGCUCGUGUCAUACUUAGCAUUGGCCAAAGUUAUUUUCACAAUGACAUGUCGAGAGAAGAUGGUAGUGUUGCUGAUGCAACAGGAGGUGUUGUUCCUGGUUGGAACACAGCUUCAGACUCCCUCUUGUGGAACAACAUACCCACCACCAGCUCCUUAAAACGCGCGAUUUAGUGGCAAACGUGAAAAAAAAAAUAUAUCCACCGUGAAACAGUAUUGCAGCGUAUACGUGCUGGACCUGCGUAAACUCCGUCUAAGUUCAGCACGUUGCAUUGUUGCCGGAAGAGUGGGGACUACGCUAUGUAUAUUCCAUAAAAUAUGCCAUUCCACUGUGUGCUCUCGGUAGAUACGCAUGCAGUUAUUUUUUGUACAGUAAUAUAGCUACAUGCAAGUGUGUGUUAGUCGAGAUCCAAGUCAGGAGAAGUGUGUCUGUCACAUAGAAUCGUAACCUAUUUUAUAGUUGAUUGUAUUCUACGUGUCCUUUUCUGUGGCAAAGUAUCGCAUGCCAGUGGCAUGUUUUUCUACUCAAAUGUACGUUUGAAGCACAUUAUGCACGCACGUUAUGCAAGCCAGUUGAAACACAAAAGUCUACUCUUGAAAGUCUCAUAUCACACGUAGAGCUCUAUCCGCCCAAUGUUAAAAUAUGCACAGCUUAUAUCUAUAGGAGAAGGCUUGACAACUGGGACUGCACGUAGAGGGCGCUACGACUUGCGACCGCAUUCCGUCGUAGGGAAUAGUACAAUCGACACAUUUCAGAUACGUUCAGCUAAUGUGAGUGGAAUGUCACUUUGGCUUCUUUUAAGAUAAGCAUUGCUGCUUUUGUGUUGUAUUACUCUCUCUCUCUAUAUAUAUAGGGCCUGACUUUUUAGGGGUAAACCCGUAUCCGCCCGAUAUUUACCCCCCGAACAAAAUCUGUAAAAUUCUGGUUUAACCCGAAUCUACCCGAAAACAUCCGGGUCGCGUGGCACACUCAUAAGCGUGCAUUAAAAUAAAGUUUGAUAACAUUGCUAAACAUUAGUUCCAUGUUAAGACAAAUUUUUAUUAAACAAAAAAAAAUCACCCGAAUUCCUGACGACAGAAUAUGCCGUAACGGGAUUUAACCCGAAUACACCCGAAUUUUCAAAUGAAAAAUAUCACCCGAUAUUUACCCCCCGAAUUUGGCCAAAAAUAAAACCCGAAAAAGUCAGGCCCUAUAUAUAUAUACCCGAAUAAGUGGUGCACUUUUUUUUUUGCCCAAUAAUGUACCACCAUAGAGCAAAUUUGCUAAUUACUCGAGGGAAACCACCAUUCGCUCUAUGCUACGGUGGCCAUGGCUACGGUGGCCAUGGCUACGGUGGCCAUGGCUACGGUGGCCAUGGCUACGGUGGCCAUGGCUGCGGUGGCCAUGGCUGCGGUGGCUAGUGCCGACGGUGCUGCUAAAGUCAGAGUGCAUUACUUAUGAGAGUGCGCAGUUUUUCCUUUUUUUUGUUAACUACUCUAUUUAAUGGACAGAUUUAUUACGUUAUAGAUUGGUUUAUUGUGAUACCGGGAUGCAAUCCACAUCGCAGUCAUAGCUAUUCUGUGACAUGAUAUUUGAUUUGAUUAAAUUCCCUUUCACUGUGGGUUUAGCACUACCUCCGUGUCCCAGUUGUCAAUAGUUCGGAUCUAUUUUUAAAACAUUCUCGUUGUCUCGUAAGUCAAAGUGUGUUCUAUUUAUUGAAAGCAUGUUGGGCAUAUCUUGGAGUAAAGUAAGCAAUAGGGCAAAACAGUCUGUGAUAUCCUGGAGGUGCAGUAUUAAGACUAUGCGUACAAUCAUGCAGCUUUUGAGUUUGUACACAUGCUGUGAGCAUGUUGCAGACAUGUCUUGCCUGCGGUUUCACUCCAUGUGUUUUUUUUUUUUUUUUUUAGUGUAGGUGUAGCAUAGAGAGUCAGAUUUUGACAUUCCACACGAUUUGACAUGCGUGCCUUGUUACAUUUGCUCUUUGUUCUAAAAUUUGCGCAAAUGUUCCCCGUACUGUGCAAAGAUAAUGGAAAAUAAAUAUUUUUUUCCUGUCUCA